AUGCAUUUCUUCCAGAUUUUCAACCAACAUAAUGCUGAAGAUCCCAGCUUGGAACAAGCACCUCACAGAAUGGCACAAAUGGAACCUAAUCUGGAGCAUGAUGUAUCAUGGUUCCUUCUUCCAUCACACUGGGCUAAAAUGGUUGUGGCGUUAAUUUCCUUCCUCUGUUUUGCCAACAGCUAUGAUGGAGAUUUUGUCUUUGAUGAUUCUGAAGCCAUCAUCAAUAAUAAGGACCUCAGGGCAGAAACCCCGCUUGGUGACCUGUGGUAUCAUGACUUUUGGGGUAGCAAACUCAGCAGCAAUACCAGUCAUAAAUCAUAUCGACCGCUAACUGUCCUAACGUUCAGAAUUAAUUACCUUUUUGCUGGAGGCUUCUACCCAGUUGGUUUCCAUGUCAUCAAUAUAAUACUGCAUUGUACCAUCUCCGUGUUGAUGGUUGAUGUGUUCUCCAUAUUAUUGGGUGGACUGCAAUUCAGUAACAAAGGAAGACGGAUAAACCUGGCUCCAAAGUCCUCUCUUCUUGCUGCUUUGCUCUUUGCUGUACAUCCAGUGCACACMGAGUGUGUUGCUGGGAUUGUUGGCAGAGCAGACCUACUGUGUGCCCUGUUCUUCUUGUUGUCAUUCCUUGGCUACUGUAAAGCAUUUCGAGAAAAUAAGGAAGGACAUACAUUUUCUGUAUUCUGGGUGCUGGUGAGUGUUAUCCUAGGUGCAAUAGCAAUGCUGUGCAAAGAACAAGGAAUUACAAUACUGGGUUUGAAUGCAGUGUUUGAUGCACUGGUGAUUAACAAGAUAAAUCUUUUGGAGCUCAUUCGAAAGUUACUGUUUAUUAAGGACAAGUCAUUGGAGCAUGCUGGGCUGCUGAGGAAGGGGCUGCUUUUCAGGAUAACUCUCCUGAUGUGUGGAGGGGUYGGUAUUCUUUACAUACGCUGGAGGAUUAUGGGCACAGGGCCACCRGCUUUCACUGAAGUGGACAACCCAGCUUCAUUUGCUGACAGUCUGUUUGUAAGAGCUAUAAACUAUAAUUACUACUAUUCACUGAAUGCAUGGUUGCUGUUGUGUCCCUGGUGGCUGUGUUUUGAUUGGUCAAUGGGCUGCAUACCCCUCAUUAAAUCCGUCAGCGACUGGAGGAUAAUUGCACUAGCAGCACUUUGGUUCUGCUUAAUUGGUCUGAUAUGCCAAGCUCUGUGCUCAGAAGACAGCCAUAAGAGAAGAAUCCUUACACUGGGACUUGGAUUUCUUAUUAUCCCUUUUCUUCCUGCAAGUAAUCUGUUCUUCCGAGUGGGAUUUGUURUUGCAGAGAGAGUCAUCUACCUCCCCAGUAUUGGAUAUUGUAUUCUCUUUACAUAUGGAUUCAGUCUCUUGAGUAAGCAAGCCAAGAAAAAGAAAAUUCUCGCUGUGGCAGUGCUUGGAAUCUUGCUGAUAAAUGUCAUGCGCUGUGCGCUCCGCAGCAGUCAGUGGAGGUCAGAAGAACAGCUUUUUAGGAGUGCAUUGUCUGUGUGCCCUCUGAAUGCAAAAGUGCACUACAACGUUGGCAAAAACCUGGCUGACAAAGGAAAUCAAAGUGCUGCAAUCAAAUACUACCGAGAAGCUGUAAGGUUGAAUCCAAAGUAUGUACAUGCCAUGAACAACCUUGGAAAUAUUCUGAAAGAAAGAAAUGAGCUCCAUGAAGCGGAGGAGUUGCUGUCCUUAGCUGURCAAAUACAACCUGAUUUYGCUGCUGCAUGGAUGAAUCUAGGAAUAGUACAGAACAGUUUAAGAAGGUUUGAAGAGGCAGAGCAAAGCUACUGGACAGCAAUUAAACACAGAAAAAAAUAUCCAGAUUGUUACUACAAUUUAGGGCGGUUGUAUGCAGAUUUGAAUCGCCAUAUAGAUGCAUUGAAUGCAUGGAGGAAUGCUACAGUCCUGAAACCAGAGCACAGUUUGGCUUGGAACAAUAUGAUAAUAUUGCUUGAUAACACAGGCAAUCUAGCUCAAGCAGAAGCAGUUGGAAGAGAAGCCCUGGAAUUGAUACCUAAUGAUCAUUCCCUUAUGUUUUCCUUGGCAAAUGUACUGGGGAAAUCACAAAAAUAUAAGGAAUCUGAAGCUUUGUUUCUCAAGGCAAUUAAAGCCAAUCCAAAUGCUGCCAGUUAUCACGGUAAUUUGGCUGUGCUUUAUCAUCGCUGGGGAAACCUUGACUUAGCGAAGAAGCACUAUGAAGUCUCUCUGAAGCUUGAUCCUACGGCACCYGGAACCAAGGAAAACUACAGCCUCUUAAGAAGAAAACUGGAGCAGUUGCAAAAGAAAGGCGGUGCCUGAUGUUCCUUUUCAGGUUGCCCGUGCAUGCUGUUUACGACUACUGUUACAUGGGUACUUUUGACCAUGUACUGAAUUCUGUCCUCAUUCUCAAAAGCAACACCACCAGCACCCGCACACUUGAAUGUCCAGUUUUGCCCUCCUACAGAUCCUAACAUUUCAGCUUGAGGGAUCAUUUUAUUUUUACUUGAACUGCUUUUAAAGUCCAUUAGAACAUUUUUAUAGCAAUGCAGAUGGAAUUUCACAGCAUACACUUGAAAUUUGAUAUCUUCAUCUGACUUUUUAGUAGCAGGAUGAAUAGCAGGAGGCAGUUUUAUUUCUGAAAGUGAUACUUAAAAGUGCAAUUUCCUGUUUAAAUCCUGAUCUUUUCAAGUAUGAAAAAUAUCUGUCCACUUCAGUUUUAUUACUGCCUUCCAGUGCCAGUCCUGCAGAGCCAGUGUGGAAGAAUGAAUUCUCUCCAGCACGUCAGUCUGCUCAUAUAAUUUGAGUUACACCCUUAUGCUCAUUUCUGUCUCUAGCCUGUGAAGAGUCAGAUUUGUACAGGAGAAAAUAAUGGGCAAGGAUUUGACCAUAAAUGUUUUUCAGCCAGUGGUAUUCUUAAGUGUAGAAAAUACUUUUAGAUGAAGAUGGAGAUUUUAGCACGCAGCCAAGGGAAAAGACAGUGAGGCAGCAUAGGAGCCAGGUCAAGUUUCUGUUCUAGCAGGGAGCAUCAUCAGGCACAGACAACAUGGGCAACAAGACAGAAUUGCUUUAGCUCCUGCAGCAGGUCAGUGGUCUAAAUACAGUAUAGUGUCUGUAGGAGAUAAUUGCUGUGUUCUCAGACAAUUCAGUGCUUUCUGGUUAAGGACAUUACACCUUUCAGCUCCUCUGUUGCUGGGGAAUAAAGAGAUAAUUUCUGUGGAAAAGCAACUGUGCAGAAGACCUGACCUUGGCUGUUGAUCUGUUACCUGGAAGAACUUGGCUUCACCUUUGUCUCCAGUGGCUCAUGUGUUUGCUGAAGAGGCAGAUAAAUAAGCAUAGYUGUUAAUGCAUAAACUGAGUGCAUCAAUAUGGGAUGAUUCAGAGGUGGUUUAUGUUGAUACUGUGUUACAUCUCAAAAGGGGCUAUGCUUUAAUACACAUUUGAACUCUGGCUGUCCAGAGUUGUUUGUCAUGUGCUAAUAUUUGCACUCCUGCUUCAGGAAGUAGUUGCAUGUCUGUUUAUUUACUGGUGGUUGGGUUUUCUGGGUUUGUUUUGGGGGGGGGGGGGUUUGAGAUGUUUGUUUUUGUUUGUUUCUUUGUUUAAGAUUGGAAGUUUGCUAUUGGAUAUGAAAACUGGGGAACUUCACCUGUCUUUUCAUAUUCCUUCUUUCUUGCCGACCAUAUCCCCUGGGASAAAUUGAUCAGCACAGUAUUUGCAGCUAUCCUAAUUUGUCCAUCRAUUAUUGUGAGACUGUUAACCGUUUUCCACAUACAACUCAUGUUUGCGUGGAACCACUUCAAGUAUUGGGGAAAUUCCUGCCAUAGGACAGGAUGUUGURUGAUGUUCUUAUCUAACCACCAUAUAAACAUUCUACAUCUAUAACAUGUUUAGAAUCUCCCCAUAGGCUACUUUUACAUUAUGAAUUUGCUUGGAAAUGACAGUUGUUGCAAGAACUGGGUGUGUCUACAGAAUAUACUGUAAUACUGCAGAGCUACCAAAGCAUCCUGACAAAGCAAGCUUGGGUACUGCAAGUCAUGCAGUACUUUAAUGUAAUAUUUUUUGCCAGAUCUAGCCAGCAAGGCUGUGGAAGUGUGGUGCUGUCCACAAAUUUGGCUUUGAAUGAACUAAUAUGGCUACAUUAUACCUCAUGUGGCCAUACUGGUUUUAGUCAAGGUGCCAGAGGCAGGUAUGCUYCUCUUGUGCAAAUACAGCUUGUUUCUCAGCAAGGCUAGUUAGUUCACAUGUUCAUAUUUGUUGCARUUGUUUCCAUUUCUUCUGGUUUCUGGACAAAAUUUUCAGAAACUUGUUUCUGAAUAUGAUAUAAGCAUGUUCUUUGCCAAGAAUCUGGUGAGCAGAACUCUGCACCAGUAUGGCUAAAAAUCUUCCAAUGACCAGCAUAGCUUAGUACCAACUUUUGUAUCUGAAAGGUGCUGACAUAGAUACACCCUUCAGUACAAACAGUAGGCUCUUACGGGUUUUCUGCUGUUCAUCAGAUAUGGAGAACACGUAGCUUCCUCAGUCAUGAGGAAUUAAAGAGUUGGGAUCUGGCUGGAUGAGUUAAUUUAUAGCAGAAGAUAAAUGUGUUUAAUAUAAUUAGGUCUUUUCUGUAUAUUUGGAAUAUGACAUCCUGAAUUUAAAUUAUUAUCCUCAUCAUAAAGCCCAAUGUGGUUUUYCCUGUUGCUUUCCAUAUCAGCUUUAAAGACAUCCACUAGAUCAAUAUUUUKUAUGGGGUAUGAAUUCUUUCUAGGUCAUUAUAAACCAAAGUUGUAGAAAUUCCUCUGUGGAAAUCCUUUUACUUAAGUCUUAGAUGGAAGAGACAGACAAACAAAUUUGKUGUUUUGUUAGAAUUUGAAAGCAAUGUUUACUCUUCAGUACAGAUGACAUCAUUUCUUUUUAAUUAGCUUUCUGGCUACCUGUAUAUAUUUUUGUCAGUGUUUAUUUGUUUUAUAUAAUAUUCAAUGCUAUAAAAAUUCAAUGUGAUUACCUGUGUGAUGGUAAUAUGAAACAUACCCAUAUGUCUGAGUGUAAUGUUGAGGCAGAAUUGUGUUCAAAAGAUGACUGCUUUUGUAAUAAAAAUUUCCUUAAGACUUUCAAGAAUACUAAAUAUUUUUUUACUUUAUUUUCAGAAAUAUUUUGGAAGUGCAAACAAUGCAGUGRCUUUUAUUAAAAUGGUUAUAAUGUUAAUCUUUUUAUUGUUUUUUCAUACYUCAUAACUGACUCCUGGAAUAGUGCAGAACACUCAACUUCAAAGAAAAAAAGGUGAAGAAAAAGUGGGCUUGUACAUAACUGUAGUUACAAAUAUUGUUUGUCUUUCCAGUGUGCUGGAUUUUUUUUCCCCUUGCUAAUUACAGAAGAUUAAAAUUUCCUUAUCAGCUGAGCUUUUGGAUUCUCUAGAGAAAUUAAGAAGCCUUUUUUCUUCUUUUUUUUUUUUUUUUUUGAAAGAUUACUUGUGCAAAUACAGUUCUGAGAAGAGAAAUAUGGAAUGAUUUAAUGCACAGAAUGGAGUCAGAAAAAUAGUCACAGUGACUGCUAUGGAUGUUAGUCUUUUUUCACCAAAAACUUCCAGUGGAGUUCCCUAAUUGUGCGUUUCUCUUGUGUCUAGACCAAUGCCAUGUACAUGAAGUUUCCUGUUAUUUAAUUUCAUAUUUAGUAUUUAAAMUUCAGAGAUGUGUAUGUGGUUAUGGGCAUUGAGAAAUAAAAGUCUAUAAUACUUUUAUAUGGUUUGUUAAAAAUAUUGGGCCUAUUCACUGGGAACUUUUUCCUUCAUAUUUGAGAUACCUGUAUCUGAACUAUUCAGCCUAGUUUCAUCAUCCUAGGUUCUCUGUAUAGUCACUGGGGAAAAAAGCCUCUGUUGGAUGUGAGUAUCUACUUGAAGGAGAUACUCAUCUUCACUAACUUCAAAGGGUAACUAAGAUGAUCAGCUCAUACACAUGAAGAAAAAUCUCACUGCUCCUUUCAAUUGAAGUAAUCCCAUACACCUUUAGCAUUCUCAUACAUUACUGGCACCAAUAAUGGUAAAAGACUGGCAUUGAAGCAAACUGGCGGGUACUUGCCUUGAGAGUCAGAGAGUAACUGAAUGAAGGACUGAGAGAAGACAAAUUAAGUUUGAUAAAUUUACMUGACUGAUAAAGCACUGAACAUCAAAUCCCUGUGUAUGAAAACAGAACAUUCAUGUCCAGUUCRAUUCAUUGCUAGCUUGUCUGUGUUUCUGUAAUAAACAGUAAUAACUUCUUACUGAAUUGAUUUUUGGUCUUUAACUCUUAUUUUAAAAAGCAACUGUAAAUUUGCAACAGUGAGAUUUUUUUUUUAAGUUCCAGUUGCUAUUUCAAGCUGCAGCUGUUAGAAUGUUAAAUGUGAUAGCAUAGUGUGUUUCAGUAUCAUGAGGGGUUUUUAUUUCAAUAUUUUGAUAUUUAUUUGCUGGUUCCUGCCUAUGUCCCAUAUUUCAUGUGAGCAUUGGUACAUUCACAUACCUGUCGUUACAUGUAGAUUCCCAUGUGCUUUUUGACUUGGUCUUUCACUGAACAGUGCUUCCUUCCACAGCUCUUGUGUCUACCAAAUGUGUUUAUGAGGGCACGUUUAACUCAAAAAGACCGAAAUUUGUUAGAAACAAAGGUGAGAUCACAUGGCUGGACUGAGGUGAUGUAAAUGCUGAGGGAGCCAAACUUGUGUCAUGGAACACCAUAAGCAGCAGAUGCCACUAGUAAAGGGCACCUCAGACUCUGUGCUGGGCUCCACAAUCCUGUGACAUGGUUGUACAUAAGUGUAAUGUUACAAACACRGCAACUUGGACCCUGUGCUUUAAAGAAAAAGGACCAUAUAGCUCUCCGAGGAAGAGGAGACUGCUGCAUGGACUAUCGAGCACUGGAAGACUGAUUAAUUUGUAUUAGAAAGCUGCACUGCAGUGUUGUGGUAUGGGUGUUCUGUGUGUGCCAGUGAUUAUACAUGCCAAGUGGUUCAGGGCUUUUUAAAAUAAAUAUUUUUGUUAGGAAAGAUCCCUGCAGGUACUGAAAUUGGUAGCUUGCGAUUUCUGAGCUGAACUUUUUAAAUGUAGCAUUAAUUUAGAUUGCCAAUGGUAUGUUCCAAUUUAUUUUCAGCUGAGCAGGAAGCAAAUACAUUUGUAAUGAAGCCAUGAAAUA